CGAAUGAGAAACGAGGAUUCGCUGCACCUCGAGCUGACGGCCCGGAGGUGGGCACGGGUAGGACGCAUCAGCUUUUUUGCAAGUUAACGGCUUUUCCUUGGAACAUCGGAAGAAUAGCAUGGCACACGACGACAGCUGACGCUGUGACUAGAGGCGGGUGAGUCGCACUUCGAGACAGAACACACGACGUAACAAUCGAGCGAUGGCGCCUUCAGCGUGUUGCACGUUGCAGCACAGCGUACCCCAGGACUCAUGCAGGGAAUGACAGGACAGUCCAUCUCGAGAAAACUGUCCUUGAAGAAACCACAAAAAAGUGCCACAGAGUCACCAUCGGAGCGAUUCUUUUCGAUGAUGAGAUCGACAGCGUCCUCGCGGCGUCCUUGCCUUCUCGUUAGCUGUAUGUACACCGCCGGGACACGCCCGCGACUGCUUUGUCCAUUUCCAAAACCGUGUUCCGAUCGCGGUUCCAUUGCUUGUCACUUUUUCUUCCUCGUUCCCACCCUUCCUUGGAGUUUUUUCCCUCUAGCGGAUGGUGAGGGCCUGACGGGUCCAAAGGACCUCUCCAAUGCAAAACCACUGUGUGUGGCGCUUGCACAUCUGUUCUGUAGUCGACAGUCGGCAGCGUCCUUGGUUUUAAGGUAUGAGCCGCUGUUGAUUGAAAAAGCUCGCCGGCUUACCCCAAAACAGUUGACACCGGGACGUGGUUUUUUGUGGCCGCCAGCCGUUCGUUGUUGAGCCGGCUUUUGCCUCCUCCGCAUGGAGAGAUAUCCGUACACGGUGCGGUGUUUGGGUACCGAGUGUUUUGACGAACGUCUUUGUGCAUUGCCGCCGUAUAUCCUUACUUGUCCAAGAGUAUGCUACUGGUUCGUGCUCCGGGCUGUUUCACCUGCGGAUAAAUUCAGGUGAUCUUUCCGAAUGGUGCCACAUUUUCUCGACACACUUGCCGCCGGACAGGCCGGAGUGGCCGGUCCCCGUUUGUGAAACUGCCUUUUUAAGCAUUCACGAGGAGUGUGCAUUGAUCUGAAGGGGAAUCCUUAGAAACGUGUCUUGAUGCUGUCGGCACGGAGCAGCUAGCUUGCAUCUGACUUGUGAGUGUCAAGCAGUCGCCAGGAAAAUGGUGUCAGUGGAAGGGGAACUCGCCCGUGAGCGGUCGCGAAACAGGGGAGAUUCGCACAGUCGCCUGCACCACUUGAGCGCUCUCAAGAAGCCGCUCGCGACACUCCAGGUCAGGUGGAUCCUUGCGGGGCUGAUUGCGUUCCGGAUCGUCAACGGGCUGGUUUUAAACUCGUCGUUCAACCCGGACGAACACUGGCAGUCCAGCGAGGUCGCCCACCACCUUGUCUUUGGCUACGGGUUCCUUACAUGGGAAUGGGAGCCUUGCAUCGCGCUGCGAAGUGUCAUUCACCCUGCUCUUUUUGCGGGUCUGUACUGGCUGCUCGGUCGUUUCAGCCUCGACAGCCCCUCUGUCAUCGCCCUCGCUCCGCGUGUGAUGCAGAGCAUUAUCGCUGGCUUCACUGACUACGGCACAUUCCAACUUGCCCAAGUCUGGUACCCUCUCCAAGGGAGCCUUCCAAAGCGGGGGACCGUCCGAGGCACAACUGUGACCGAACCAAGUUUUCUGUCCUUCUACGUCCUUCUCUGUUGCGUCUUCAGCUGGUUCCAGUUCUUCUGUCUGCCGCGCACAUACUCGAGUUGUAUCGAGGCUGCUUUGAAUGUGUGGAGCCUCGUUUUCUUUGGUCAAGUGUCUUCCAGAGUGCACAAUCGCGCAUCAGGGACGCCGACGUGUUCCCUCGAUCUGACACCCGACGAAGCGGGUUCCUUUGAACUUCACGGAUCCCCUUACGCAUUGAGAAAUCGCGUCCGUUCGAAGGUGACUUUGCUCGACACGGGGCGACCUACGGAAAAAAACGACUGUAGUUCCGAUGGGAGCUCGAACACUGCGAAAGGCUUCACUUCGAAAGUGUACUUGAUGUGGGCGUUGCUGUUGGCGGCGCUAGGUGUUCUAGUCCGGCCGACGGCGGCUAUAUUCUGGGCGGUAUUUUGCCUGUUCAAAUUGGCGCAGUUGUGUGCGGACGCGUCUUGUAAGACGCCUGCAAAUGAAGGAAAUAAUGGCCGGGUAUCAUCUGUGCAACCUAGGUGUUUCCUCGGCCUGUGCGUUGCCGUUGGUCUGGUGGCAGUUGCGUGCUGUCUCGUGUGUGACUCUCUCUUCUACGGGUUCGUCACUUUCCCUCCAUGGAACUUCGUCAAGUUCAAUUUGUUCUCUGACCCAGGGAAGUUCUACGGAGAGAAACCCUGGCACUACUUCCUCCUUGAGGGACCGGGAGUUGUUUUGCUGUCGUUUUAUCCCUUUCUGGUGGUAGGUGUGUGUGUGUGGUGGAAGGCGUUGAGGGGUUCCCUUCGACGUUCGCUGGAAUCCACGGGGAAUGACGAAGACAAACAGCCAGCCCAUCUCAGGUACGGAUUCGCUAUUCUAAGAAUCAUCAAAACGCUCAUGAUGAGGGACGACGGCGCGACAGCAGUUGCCACAAUCUGCGCACUUGUGUUGCUGUCCACUGCAACGCAUAAAGAAUAUCGGUUUAUGGUGCCUUUUUUGCCCCAGUUGCUCAUCUUUACGGGCAUUGGUGUCGCCACCGCUAUUAAAGGCCGGUCUGUCGUUAUCCAGCAACUCCAGGCAUCUCCGUUGCUGGAUGGCGACACGCACCACCCGGCAUCCAAGCGCUACAGGGCAUCGAGACUGCUCAAGCUGGGCCUAGGACUGGCAUUUGUUCUCCAAAUCGUCGCAGCGGUCUUCUGCGGUUUCUUCCACCAAAUGGGUGCUUCGCGGGUUGUGGCGCAUCUGCAGUCGCUGCCUGAGGCAGCUUCGGUCUUCUUUUUGACCUCCUGUCACGAGUUGCCCUUCUACUCCCACGUGCAUCGACGAAUCCCCAUGGGAUUCCUAGACUGUUCACCUAGAGUCGAUGACGCCCUUCUGCCGAUGAACUGGCAACAACGAUUCUGGACCGGAAACAAAGAGGAGCGCAUUGCUUUUCUUGACAGCUUGUUUCCACGCUUGCCGACACAAUUCCCUGACAAGCGAACAGACAAAAAGUCUUCCGACGCGUACUCCCAUGUAGCAGAAAAUAGCGACCCUCGUACCAACUCGUGGUUCGGAGAUGCGAAAAGCCAACAGCACAUCUCGACGAACCCUGCUAAGUGUCUCGAAUAUCGUUUCCGGGUUCCUCUGGAGGCUCGAGAAAUGCCAACGCAUUUGAUUUUUCCCAACGCACUCAUGUCGGACCUUGCUGAGUGGCUUGCAGAGCGCGGCUACAAGCAAGCAGUAGAUCCUAUCUUUGAUGCCGCCUUUGCAGAAACGCCGGCGGACAACGUUUUGUGGCAAUAUCUGCUUGUAUUUGAAAGACGCAAGUCGAACGAUCAGCAGUAGCAGGCUGCGCGUGAACAACUGUCACUUGCAUUUGUUAUUUUCGCUGAAUCGUGGUGCUUUUUACCAGCGGAGCAGUUUUCACUACAAACACACACUGACGUGAUGGAGGCUUGGCGACCAUCGCUGAGAAACCACAAUUUCGUGUAGUGAACCGCAGAUUUGGUCUUUUUGGCGGCAUGCUGUUGGAGAAUAUGUACACGGGCAAAGUGGCUGUGUCUCAAAGAGAACACUUUUUGCCAGACACACAGAAUUCUUCACGAAAAUU